AUGCGAUUGUGCCGGGUUAAGCACACGGCCAACCAACGUUCUCUCGAACUGCUUGAUGAUUUCGGAAUCGUCAAAAGCCGGCAUCUUAAUGGAAUGGGUGAAAGUCGCUUUCGCCCGUCUCUUGGAGCCACCAUCUUACCGAAGAAAGCCAUUGCGAGAGAUGUAGAGGGUGAGAGAUCAAGGAUGCGCUGUUGCUAG